CCUUCAGCACGUGGUGACAGCAAGACCACACCUCCUCGGCUGUGUCAUGUAAGCAUGCGGUCAAGGUGACGCUAAAGCGGAGCAGCAGGAGGACGCAGCAUGGCCGCAACAAGUCCAGCAGCAUCAGCAACAACAACAUGCCGGCAGCUGACAUUGUGACAGGAUGCACAUCGCAGAUUUUGUGUCCGGCUCGUUGGCAGGGGCCUGCGGCGUGGCGGUAGGAUACCCUCUGGACACUGUCAAGGUGCGGAUCCAAACCCAGAAACAGUUCAGUGGAAUAGUCCAGUGUGUAAUGGUCACCUUUUCCAAAGAAGGGGUGCACGGCUUCUUCAAAGGCAUGUCACUACCCGUCACCACCAUCUCCAUCACGUCGUCUGUGGUGUUCGGCACCUAUAGGAACUGUCUGCAGUGUCUGAAGCAGGCCAGAGGAGCUGUGAGCGGUCCCAACACCAAACGAGAAGUCUUCCUGUCUGGCCUGGCAGGUGGAAUUAUGCAGACGUUAGUCCUGUCUCCAGGUGACAUCGUCAAAGUGCGUCUCCAGUGUCAGACUGAGUCCAGGAGGCGACAAGGCAGCUCGGCCCAUCCCAAGUACCGCGGUCCCAUCCACUGCCUGCUGAGCAUUGUCAGAGAAGAGGGCUUCCGGGGUAUCUACAGGGGGGUCGUGCCUCUCAUGCUUAGGGACGGACCGUCCUUUGCCACCUACUUUUUGACCUACGCCAGCGUUUGUGAAUGGCUGACGGAGAGUGGCAAAGAGAAGCCAGCCUGGGGUGUGGUGAUGCUGGCUGGGGGCGUGGCGGGAAUGGCGGGGUGGACCCUUGGCACGCCUAUGGACAUCAUCAAGGCACGCCUACAGAUGGACGGCGCCCGGGAGAGGAAGCUCUACAGAGGUUUUUUUCACUGCAUCGCGGAAACGGCGCGCACUGAGGGCCCCAGGGUCUUCUUCCGGAGCUGGGGCAUCAACUGCCUGCGCGCCUUCCCAGUCAACAUGGUGGUGUUCGUCAUGUAUGAGUUGCUCACCCACGUCCUGCAAGACACGCAUGACAGUAUGCCCCCUUCGCGGGUCAGCCUGGAAUAACAGAACAUGGUACCAGGAAAAGAGAUCCCACCUUCUGAAUAUUAAAAAUUGUAUCAUAAAACGUGUGAUUAAUGUACAAACCAUGUAUCAAGCAACAUUUGGUUACAUACGUUUAAAGAGAAGUGCGAGUGUUAAAUAAUAUCAUGUUAGGUUAGCUUAUUCAUGAAGUAAAACAAAUUGCAAGCUUCCAAAUCUGUAGCUGACUGACGGAUGUCUAACUGAGAUCUCGGGGACGUUUUGGAACAUGUAGAGAAAGUUUUUCCCUUUCAAAAGGGAGCGUUAUAGUGUCUUUUUUCUCUAGUGAGAGGGACUAUAUAUUUAUAUCAUUUUUAUUACUGUCAUUAAAAAGCUAUUUUGCAUAACAAUAACUUUCUUUGUACAGUCAUAAUAAAGUGUUAAAUGUUACAUGAAUAAUUAA